GCUCCUGUGUUCGGCCCCUUCUUAUCCAGAACACACUAUGGAGCCGCCAUGGCCACAGCUCUGAAAGCCUGGGCCGCGGAGUAGCCCUCUGCAUCCCUGAACGGCCCAACGACACUCCCAUGUCUGUGUGUUUUAGCGUUAGUGUGUGUGUUUGGAUUCGCUGUGGUUUCCAAGAGGAAGUUGUAGUAUUUUUUUUCUCCCGUUGUUUUUUCACUUGACACCGCAAGACCGAUGACUGAUAUAUUGUGCCCACCGGGAAGAAGACAUAGCAUAUCUAACGAUUACCGGACUUUCUGAUCUAUAUCACGGACAUCUCAAACGGUUCACGUAUUUUCCUGUAGCACGGCCAUGUCAAAUGAGUACCGUGUUCUCUGACGUAUAAGGGCCAUGUCUGCGGGUGGCCGUUGUUUUUAAAGUGACAUGUCUAACGGUCAUCGUACUCUGUCGCAGCACCUCAAUGACCUGAAGAAGGAGAACUUCAGCCUCAAGCUCCGCAUCUACUUCCUGGAGGAGAGGAUCCAGCAGAAGUUCGAGGACAGCAGCGACCAUGUCUACCGCACAAACAUCGAGUUGAAGGUAGAAGUGGAGAGCUUGAAGCAGGAGGUGCAGGAGAAACAAGACCUUCAUGAGAAGGCUCUGACGACAGCAGAGAGCCUGUCCAGUCACAAUGAGGCAGAGCUGCAGAGACGAUGUGAGGAGAGAAAGCAGGAGAUCGACCACAUGCAGGAGUUGCUGGAGACCAAGAUACAACUCCUGCAGGAGGAGGCCCAGCUAGCGCGAGGUGAGGUUGACAGGAUGGCCUCCCUGACUGGGUCGAGCCCCCAGCCCCUCUUGGAGGAUAUGGAGGACAGCCAAGAGGAGGAGAACCUCCAGACCCAGUCUCACCACCCCGCAUCACACACCUACAGAGACAGGGUGAUCGAGGAGCUGACCAGUGCUCUGCGCUGUAAGGAGGCUAUGAUCACUGAGCUGAGUGGACAGAAGAGUGUUCUGACACUGAGGGUGGGAGAGCUGGAGGGAGAGGUAGAGGACCUCUCCUCCUCCCUGCUGCAGAAAGAGAGCGAUGCGGAGUUCUACCAGGAAGAGCUGGGCAGGGAGAGGCUGCGCAUUGAGCAGGAGAUGCAGCUGUGUGCGUGUGGAAUGCUGGACAUCAGAAUGAAGGAGGCGUGUCGUAUCUGCGCGAGGGAGCUCUGCGGUAACCAACGGCGAUGGAUCUUCCACCCCGCCUCCAAACUCAACCUGCAGGUGCUCCUGUCCCACGCCCUGGGGCGAGAGCUGAUCCGCGACGGCCGCGGCGAGUUCGCCUGCUCCAAGUGUGCCUUCAUACUGGAGCGCAUGUAUAGGUUUGACACGGUGAUUGCCCGGGUGGAGGCCCUGUCCAUUGAACGGCUGCAGAGGCUGCUCCAGGAGAAACACAGGCUACGGGGCCUCAUCGGUGGCCUCUACCUGAAGACCAACAGGGAGGAUGGAGGCGGUUCUGCAGGGGCCGUUACUGGGCCUGGGGAUACGGGAGGAGGGGGAGGAGGGGGAGGAAGGGUACAGGGGGAUGGUAUGGUGGACAUGUCCGGUCUGACCCAUGCUAAGUACUGUGCUCUGCUCCAGGAGGACUUGGUGUACUCUCUGUAUGAGUCCUGGGCUGAGGAGGGGUUAGAGUUCGGGGGUCAUAAUCAUCAUCAUCAUAGGCAUCCCCCACAAUGCGCAGGGCCUGCGCCAGAGGUGACUGCUGUGGGGUCACAGCGCUGUGGGACUGUCACGCCUUCACCCAGGAAGUGCCGAGGGUGCACGGCGUGGCGAGUGGCGGACUCAGACUACGAGGCUGUGUGUAAAGUACCCAGGAAGUUGGCACGGAGUAUUUCCUGUGACCCAUCGACGAGGUAUUUGGUCAGCAUGAUUGGAGGAGGACGUGCAAGUGGAGGAGGAAGAGGAGGGGAGAAAGAUCCAGAGGGGACCCCCUCCUCGCUCACACUGAUCCCUGGGUCCAACCCUACGCCCCGGGCUUCGGACAGCGACCCUACCCUGGUGGGCCGAGCCAGCUCCAGCCCCUCUGUAGACUCCCUGGACAUAACCGGAGAAUCUACCCAGCUGUCUGCAAUCCAAGAUGGGCACGAGGGGCUAGAGUAUCCCCAGGACCCCCUGGAUGAUCGGUUCUCCGACUCCCUCUCCGAGGAGCACCACCUGGUGACUCCACUGAGGUCAGCCUCCCGCCUCUCACUGGCCCUCUGCCUGGUCCAGAACUGUGUGUACCGGCCAGUCCAGAGCCCCAAGGGAAGCAGACUGCCUGUACUCAACAGACAGAGCCCCAGCAGGCGAGGCUCCAGACUGAGCUUCCAUGAGCCGGCCUUGGGGUUGCUGUAUGGAGGUCUGAAUGGAGACGGGGAGAUUCAUGUCCAUGUGCCCGACCUGGAGGCCCCUCUGAUCAGGCUGGAUGGAGGGAUAGAUGGGGGUCUGGACCUGGCUGAGAUGGAGGAGCUGUGGGAGGAUCUGUAUCAUGAGUGUCCUCCCCCACGCCCCCACCAGACUCUGAUCGAGGAGCAGCAGAGCCAGUUGAACCAGUAUGAGUGUGCUGCAGGUCAGUGUGUCAGUGAGCUGCAUAAGGCCCAGCAGCAGGUCCAGUCCCUGCAGGCCAAGAGCCAGGAGAGCGAAGCCAACAACGCGAAGUUGCAGGAGAAGCUCAUUGAGAUGGAGUGUGAACUGCGUUCCAUCCGCCAGGGAGCUCAGAGCCAGGAGCGCACCAUCCAAUGCCUGACCGAUUCUGUCAGUACCAAGGAUAACGAGGCCGUGGAGCUGUACCAGCUAAUUGAGGGGCAGAACGCCACACUGUGUAAGCUGAGAGAGAUGGCCCACCGCAACCAGAUCACACACACUGAGGAUCCAGAGGGGGGCAGUGAGGGUGCGAGUUUAUCCCAGCUUCAGGGUGAGUUGGUGGGGUUACAGAGCUCUCUGUUCACCCUGGGUCUGGAGCUGGAAGCCAGUCAGAGAGCCCAGAGACAGAGCCAGAGACAGGCUGAGGACCUGAGCAGAGCUAAAGACAGACUCCACUCUGACCUAAAGGAGGCACUGCAGCACAGGGAGGUCACCGACAAACACAACCAGGACUUGCGCAGUGCCCUUGCUCAGUCUGGCUUUGAGCUGCGGACUAAAGAGGCUCAGCUGGAGGAGAGUAAGGCGGAGAGACGCACAGAAGUUCAGGAGAGAGACAAGAACAUCACCCAGCUCAAACACUCCCUUCAGGACAAGGAGAGGCAGCUACAGGAGUACUCUGAACUCCUGGAAUCAGCAGACAGCUCCAAACCCAGAGAUGCUCUGCUGGACAAACUGAGAGAACGCAUCAGAGACAGGGACAGAGCAUUGGAGCGGUCUAUAGAUGAGAAGUUCAGUGGUCUGGAAGAGAGGGAGGAGCAGGUGAGGAAACUACAGCUGGCCCUUCGAGAGAAGGAGCGAGACCUGGAGAGACUGCGCUGUAUACUGUCCAACAACGAGGAGACCAUCACGAGUCUGGAUGCGUUGGUGCGGGGUAAGGAGCUGGACGUGGAGCAGACAGCAGAAGCCCACAGGAACCUGCAGUGGCUCCAGCAGCAGAGUGAGGAGAGAGAGAAGUGCACUCUGAGAGAGAGAGACACGCUCAUCAGCCAGCUACAGACUGCCCUGCAGACACGCAGCCAGGAGACACAGGACCUCACGGCAGCCCUCCUGGCUAAGGUCCAGGCAGGCCCCAGUGGGGUGGUGGAGGAGCUGAAGGCUCGCCUCGCGCUGAAGGAGAAACUGUUUCAGGAACUGCUGUCAGACCGCAGCCGCCAGAGCCACGAACACCAAGCACAGGUCCAGGAUCUGCUCAGCACCAUCAGCACUAAGGACCUGUACAUACAGGACUGCUCUGAUAGGCUCUCUCAAGUGAUUGGCGAGCGGACGGGCCAGCUUCAGGAGCUGCGCAGGCAGCUGUCGUCACAGGAACGGGAGAUGGGUGAGCUCCGGAAGGAGAGAAUGGGAGAGGCAGAGCGACUGCAGAACCUGCUGAAGGAGAAAGAGGCUUUUAUCCAGAGUCUGAUGCAGAGCCAGGAGGAGAGCAUGGAGCUCUCCACACCAGAGGGGGCAGAAGAGGUACAGGCCAUUCGGGAGGAGCUGCAGCUGGUCAGGAAGAAGGAGAAGGGGGCUCAGCUGGAGAUUUCAGUCCUGCGUUCAGAUCUAGCUCAGGCCCAAGAGCAGGCCCAGAAGCAGGGGGAUAGGUUUAAGAUCCUGGCCCCAGGAGUAGUAGCCAGGGAGCCCUCCAACACUGACCACCAGAGUGUAUUGGAGCAGUUGGCCAGUGAGUACCACAGGCUGAACGAUGCUCUGAGGGCAGAGAAGAGGCUGUACCAGAGUCUGAGCCACAUCCAGGCCAGAGGAAACAGCAGCUCAGAGAAGACCCGAGCUCUGCACACCGAACUGGAUUCUGUUCAGGCACUCCGAGGGCAGCUGGAGGAGGUCCUAGCCAGGACCCGGAAGACCGCCCUGGCACUGGAGAGGGCAGCUAAGAGGCAGUCUGACUUUGGAGAGCUCAGCACGGAGGAAGAGGAGGAGGGAGACGAUGAACAGGGCAGCACUGAUGAGUUCUCAGACAGUAUCGAAGACAAUGAGGAUAAACUGACUGCCAAAAGCCUGGCCUCCACUAAGAACUCUGGAAUGGCCUGUGGGCAGGGGGUGCUGUCUGGAGGACCUGUGAGUGGAGCACUGUCCCAGGGGGGCAUGGGGCAGGUGAAGCACCUGGCUGAACAGAAGAGGGCAAUAGAAGAAGAACUGGAGGAGAUGAGAACACAGCUGGAGACCACCGGCUACUCCUCCCUAGCCCAGAUGAGGAGUACACUGCUGAGGCUGCAACAAGAGAACGAGGCCCUAAAAGAUAACCAAGGGGAGGUAGAAGGUCUAGGAGAGCGGGAAGAUCCAACAGACACGUGCCAAGAGAACGAGGCCCUGAAAGAGAACCAAGGGGAGGUAGAAGGUCUAGGAGAGCUGGAAGAUCCAACAGACACGUGCCAAGGAUGGGAACAGAAAGAGGAAGAGGAGAUGGAGGAGGAGGAAGAGGUACUACCAGCAGUGGGACCCACCCAGAGCAAGCGUGGGCCCCCAGCAGUAAGGAUGAGAGAGGGAAGGGGGAAGAGACAGUGUACCAGACCUCACUCCUUAGACCUGGGUACUCUCCUGUCCCACCGUCAGCCAGACCACACAGAGAAGGUAAAGGAGGCGGGGUCUGAGGAUGUCACUGGUGAUGUGGGCGGGUUCUGGCAGCAUGUGGAGACGGGUCUCCGUGAGCAUGUGGUUCGUCUGCGUUCUGAUUUGGCGCUGAGCAGACAGGAGAGCAGAGAGCUGCAGGAGAGACUCAUGGUGUCUGAGGCCACGGUCCACGCGCAGGCUGAACAACUCAAGGACUACAGGGAACUACUGACGGAGACGUCAGUAGAGCAGGACAGCAAGCAGGUCCAGGUGGACCUACAGGACCUGGGCUAUGAGACGUGUGGCCGUAGUGAGAACGAGGCAGAGAGAGAGGACGCCAGCAGCCCGGAGCUUGAUGAUCUGGAGAUGUGUACCUCACUGAGCCACCAGCAGGACUAUGAGCCUGCCGGGGUUUGGUUCCAUGGUGAUGGGGGGGUGGGCGGGGCUUAUGAUGAGGGGGCGGAGUCAGUGACAGGCUCUCUACAGCAAUUGGUCCAGGACCUGCGUUCUAAGCUGGCCCGCUGUCACAAGGUGAUUCGUGGGUUGCAGCUACGUGUGCGUUCACUAUCCACCACCAGCGACUACGCAUCCAGUCUGGAACACCCCCCGCGCAAGGUGAACUGGGCGUUCAAGGCCACCCCAGCCCCGAGCGGUGUGGAGGAGGAUGAGGGCUGGAUGUCCGACAGCCUGGGGCCUCGCAUGGAACCCAAGCCCAGCCGGGAGCUGCGAGAGCUGAUGUCCCGAGUGGCCUCACUGGAGGCGCAACUCAAGAGCUCCAGGCUGGAGGGGAAAGGAAGGGCGGUGGAGGAGGGGAAGUGUGCUACCUGGCCCGGGAAGUACAACACUCUGAUCCAGGCACAGGCCAGGGAGUUGUCCCACCUGCGUCAGAAGAUGAGGGAGGGCCGCGGAGUGUGUCACAUCCUCACACAGCACCUGGGAGACACCACCAAGGCGUUUGAGGAGCUGCUGCGUGCCAACGACAUCGACUACUACAUGGGGCAGAGCUUCAGAGAGCAGUUGGCACAGAGCACUGCCCUGGCACAACGUGUGGGCACCAAGAUCAGUGGGCGUGACCGUGCUGAGCUCCAUGAUGAUAAGAUGGGCCAUGAGCUGCUUGCUUUACGGCUGAGUAAGGAGCUCCAGCAGAAAGAUAAGAUCAUCGAGUCCCUCCACACCAAGCUACAGCAGCGUUCCGACACCCCCUGCAGCAGCCACGCCCACUCAGAGACCACCGACCAAUCAGACAGGACCUCCUUUGUGUCAGACGAGUGCCGGACCAAUGAGGACCUGGAGCUAUGUUCAGAUGUGGACGAAGCCAGCGAAUACGCUCAGGGAGAGCAGGAACAGGUGGCGAGACAUGGCCCAGGAAACACAGACCUCCACCACUUCCUCCCUCCACCCUGUCUUAAGUCCUCCAGCAGCUGUCCUAACAUGCUGUACUCCACCCCUGAGUUGGCCAGUCAGACUGGUCCUGUGUCCUGCUCCCUACCUGCCUCCCAGUCCCUCCCCGGCCUGAAUCCUAACCAUGACCCCUGGGGUCAGCAUAUGACCUUUAACCCCCAGUCCAGGACCUUGUCUAUGGAAGCGAGGCAACAGGAGCUGGAUACCCUGCACAGACAGAUGGCUAUGAAUGAGAGCUUUGUGGUUCCGCACGCCAACGCUCUGUCCAACCUCGCACCAGCCGCCCACCACCAGCCAGACCACUCCCCUUACGUCCAGAUUACCCAUCAUGCCUUUUACCCACACCAGCUAGGCAGCCGACCCCCAGGCCAAGCCCUGAAGGCCAACACAGACCUGGUGGAGAAUGGUGCAUUGUGGGAUAUGGAGAACAUGGUUCAACCAGCCAGGGUUGGGUCAUCAGGAAACAAUUCAAGAAACAGCUUCACUGGUGUGGACCUGAUCGAAGAGCACCUGAGAGAGGUGCGGUGUCUGCGUCAGCGUCUGGAGGAGACCAUCAGGACCAACGAGAGGCUCAGACAGCAGCUGGAGGAACGCCUGGCCACCACCGGCCGCGACGGAGGAGCCCCCACUAACAUCUACAUCCAGGGGCUGGACUCUGUCAGCCAGCUGUCCAAUGAGAUCAGAGUCCUGAAAGAGGAGAACCUGGCUCUCCAGGCACACCUGCAGGCCAGCUCAGAUACGUGUGAGGAGGCGGAGCAGCUGCGUGAGGUGGUGGUGACGGGGCGUGCCCGCCUGAAGCAGGCGGAGCUAGAGGCGGAGCAGUGGAAGGAGGAGCUCCGACGGCUGCAGACACACAGCCAGGAGCAGGGACAGCAGAUUCACACACUCAGACAGGAGAGGCAGAACAGCCAUGACACGAACAAUAGGCUCCAGCAGCAGUUGUGUGAGAGCAGGGAGCUGCUCCACUCUCUGCAGAGUGAGCUGCAGGUGUACCACAGAGUGUGUGUCAACGCCAAGGGCAACCCAGGGUACCUGUGUGAGGGCCAGUACGGUGGGGUCCCUGCCCUGCCCGUGGAGCUGGGGGAGCUGCUGGGGGAGGUGAGGAGCCUCAGAGCCCAGCUCCAGUCUAGUGUCCAGGAGAACAGUGUCCUGAAACAGCUGGAGCUCCACAAACACCUGGAGCAGAAGCUGGGAGGUGGGGUCCACGGAGGGGUGGGGGUCAUUGGGGGGAUGGAGCCCCCUCGUACCCCGUCUCUCAGUGCCCUUACAGCCAGCCCCCAGAGGGACAGCCUCUACAGACGGCAGCUACUGCAUGACCCAGCUCCGUCUCCCCCGGUCAGAGACAUUGGGCUGUUUAACUGUGGAUCUCCAUACCACGUUCUCUACACAGACCUGGAGGAGACCCCCCUCACUGCCAAUGAUCUGGACCCCCACUCAGAGCUGGAGGGUGACGCCCCAGACGGCUCGUUCUCUAACCGGAACGGGCGCCAUGCCAUCGGGCACGUGGAUGACUACAGCGCUCUGCAGCAGCAGGUCCUGGAGGGGAGGAGUCUGGUCCAGCGAAUGGAAACAGCCCUGCAGGCCUGCCUCAGCCAAUCAAUGCUGGAGGGCAGCCACGACCAGGUCCUCCUGGACUAUGGGCGCGUGAGGAGUCUGCUGUCUAAUACCAAGACCCUGAGACAGAUCCUAGAGGAGGUUGUGUCCCUGAUCAAGAUGUUUUGGAGGGCUGCCCUGCCCAGCACAGACCGUUACACCCAUAACCUUAAGAAGGAGCAGUGUAUGCAAGAGGAGAUUCUGUCUCUGAGGGGGCGUAUCUCGGAGCAGGGGGAGGUGCUUCAGGGAACCAUCCAGAGACUGAGGAGCACCAGCCGCACCAAGGAAGGCAUGGAGCACUUCAUCGUCAACCAGCUAUCAAGGACUCGUGAUGUGCUGAAAAAAGCCAGGACUAACUUGGAGAAGAACGAUCGGAGGAUCUCCUCUCUAAGCUCCUCCUCUUCCACUCCUUAUGCUGCUGAAGACCGAAGUCACGCCAAUGAACGGCCUACUGAUUGGAGUUUCUUGAAGCCUGGUGACGCCCCGGCAAUGUCCAAUCGGCGUCCGGGAACCAGGAAGCGUGGCAGCCAGUGCCUGCUCCAGGUGCUGACCUGUUAAAGAACCAGCCAGCUCAACACCACGACCUCUGACCCCACAACCCCUCCUCUGCCUCACCCAUCACCCCAUCCACCUCUCAGCCUAGUCUAUAGCAUCGAACGUCAACCCUCAGAGCACUCCAUCCAUUCUUUCUUUCUCCACCAUUUCUCUCCUGCCGGCAAUUCUUGCCCAAGACUCCUGCACCUCGAGCCUUACCUGAAUUCGUCCUCCUUUAGUUUUCAUUCCUCUACCCUCGUUCGACGGUUCUUCAUUCAUCCCUUUAUUUUCUCCCACCUCCACCCACCCCUGUUCUUCUGUUGGUGUCUUCUAGCUCCAGAGACUGUUGGUUCAGUCUGAUGUUUGCCUUGUGAGUGUGAAGAAGGUGGUUUGAAAUGUGCCUCUGAUGGUAACAGUAAUGUGUGUCCUUGACUGCUGUAGAAGAAGUAGGAUUAAGCUGCCCCUAGACACUGAUCUAAGGUCAGAUUAGCUUUUUCCCUAAUGGUUAAGGUAAUGAUGGGGGUAAGCUGGUCCUAGACACUGAUCUAAGGUCAGAUAUGCUUUUUCCCUAAUGGUUAAGGUAAUGCUGGUCCUAGAUCUGUGGCUGAGGGAAGCUUCUACCCAGAGCAUAGAUAGUGUGCUUCUCUGCCUGGUAGCUUUUGGAUGGGAUAAGUGUCAAUGCAUGUGAACUCAAAGCUUGAGAAAGGAAAUGUAUACAAACGUAUACACACAAAGUACAGUACACACACAUACAUUCACAUACAUACAUGAUCAAUCAAUUUCUUUUCAAACAAAUCUUCAACUUCAAUUGCCACUGAAAUGCAAGCUUUCUUCUUGUGGCAUUUCAUCAAUGAGGACUUUCUUUGCAAAUACAAUGCAAAAAAUACAAUGACAUCCACAAUCUAGCAUAUCUGCUGGAAUCACAGUGGAGGAAUGUAUAGGUGUGGCACUUCUAGGUAAUUGUGUGCUAUAUUUAUCGGUGGAGGAUGAUACCUCUGAAUGGUCUGUCUGCCAUUAGCCAAGGCUUCUGGAUAGCAGAACAAAGGCCCCGUUCCAUUUCAAUCACUAACCCCUUCCCCAUCGGUGUUCACAGAUCUGAAUGGGCCAGAUAGGUGACAGCAAUAUGGUUAUGGCUCCACCUAGCCCUCCGAUGAUCUAACACAGAAUGGGUAAUGGCUAAAGAAGGCGCUAGGGGCUGAAAUGGACCGAGGCCGAACACGCGUAUUCAAGCUCCUCUUUAGGAGUCCUCAGACGAGCAUGUGCAAUAAUGAAUGUUGUUAUUUAAAUGAUCAUGGCACGCCAGCUAUUUUUCCUUUUUGCCUGACACUGGAACUUAAGCAUUUAGCCACUCUUGAUAAGGUGAAAAAGAUUGUCAGUACAAUAUUAUACUACUUACUAUCCUGAAUACUACUGAGUGAAAUGAAAUGUAGUUUUGGUGCAGUGUCGAUGCAUCAGAGAUGUUUUAAAAAGGAACAGUCUCAACCUUUGUUCGUGGAACAGAGGAUCACCAUUACUUGCCAAAGUUUGAACUUUGAACUCUUUGCAUACUUGUUUGCCUUACCUAUGCAAAUGACAGCCUACUAUAAGCAUGAUGUGACUCUAUAGGAAGACAUCAGCCUAGUAUAUGAGACCAUCUAUGACAUUAUGAUGGAGAUAUCAUUUGAUUGGCUGCUCUUUGAGAGCCAUUUGAAGCAGAGACGGUAACCGUCAGAUGAUUGGUUCACUUUAGUUGGACAUGUGCUUUAUAAACGAGCACAUCUUGUCAUUAAUGGACCAAACCUUUCAAAAAGAGAAUCUUUCACACUAGGCUACUACUGCUUUGUGAAUGACAAAAAACUAAAUUGGGCUGCUGUGAGAGAUGUACCACAACACCAGAGAAUAUCAUUCUGGAUUGUUGCAUUUCCAUUGGACUUCUUCGAGGUAUUUGUCUUGGUUUAGACCGCCAUUGCAUUCCCAUGGUGUUAUUGGCAACAUGUUCCUUAUUCUCCUACCUGUUCCAAACUUUGGCAGGGUACUGGUGGGACCAAUGUUCUAGAUUUCACAAUCGGUGAAGCUGUCACCCCCAAAGGUGUUUCUUCCUAUGCUGCUUUUGAUUGUUUUAAGUGUUCUUGCUGUACAUUUUUUUUUCACUGUAUUCUGUUGACCUUUUUGUGUGUGGAUAAUCAUGUCAGACUGUUGCUCUAUACGCAAGCAUUGAAUAUCUGGGUAGCUGUGCAAUAGCUGUGCACGAUCUGCUUUAUUUUGAUGUUAACAAUCAUUUUUAUUAAGAAUAGUUAUGCGUCCUUGAGUGUUUUAUUUUCUGCUCUGUAUGGUUUAUUAGAUUUUGAUAAUGCCAGAUUGUAAUAAAAUAGUCACACAGCUAUGAAAUCAUAAAUGUAUGCCUUUUCGUAGGAUGUGACGGAAACCAAACAGUGGUAUUACUUACACGCCCACCUAAUAUUAAGCUUUGGAUAGAUAAUGUUGCUUUGCUUGCCUUUAAAAUUUGCUCCUAACACUUACUUGGAGUUACUAGCGUUUGGUGUCUAUCCUAGAUAUAUAUCCCAGUAGAUCUGCCAACAAGGUCUUGUUUGCACUCAACUCAAUUGAAAGUCCCUAGAGGUAAAUUGCCAAGCACUCUAAGAUAAAACCCCAUGCUGUGUGUUUCAUUUGACAAAUUAGGAUUUGAUGAGAAGAUUGAGAACGAUUAAGGAAAAUGAAUAUUUUUCUACCAAAGCAGAAACACAAACCAUAGAUGUAUAGGAUUGUGUCAGAGUAGAACAGCACAUUACCAGAGCACGUGAACAACGCGUUGUGUAGAAAGGAAUCAAACAGCAGUGUUUAGCUGUGUCUAGUAGUACUUAUGUAAAUAAUGCUAUGUGAUUGAAAUCAAAGAGCAGCUUGGGUUGUCAGGUUGUGUGUGUGUGAUGAAGCUAACUAGGAUGCCGACAGAGCUGGACCAUGGGCUCUGUCUCUGAAGAUGGUCACUGUGUGUGUGUGUGUUGUCACAGUGUUAUCACAGAGGACUUUUUGUGUUAAAAAAAUAAAAAGUUUUAAAUA